AUGCAACGGUGGGUGAGUCUCUCGGGCUUCUCUUUCUUCCUCCUUAUCCUCUCCAUUGCAAGUCAUUCCGCCGAAGCUGGAUGCUCCUGUACCUCCAAAACCUGCUCUUGUUCUGGGGACGAUGCCAGUGAUCUUAGUGGACUUCUAGUUGAAGACAUUUGUACCGAAGGUGGCACAUUCACUAGAUUGGUCCUCCAAGACGUCCCUAACCUCAUCAACCUUCAGCAAGGAUUUACUGCCUUGAGAGAGAGUAGGUGUGAUGGUCUGAAACAGCUGGAGGUUCUAGAACUACACCAAACUGGGAUCCAGAACCUUUCAUCUAAUCUAUUCCAAGGUCUUCCGGUCCUGAAAUCACUCGACUUAUCCAACAACUCGUAUCUCAAGUCAUACCGUGAUGGGUCCUUUACAAAGAUUGGCAACACGUUAAUUGAACUUGUCGCCACGGAUAAUCGGGUGCAUUCACUGACGAAAGGCGUCUUUGCGGACUUGAAAAACCUUCAGCGCCUGAUCCUUGCUCGAAAUAAGAUUGGUUAUAUCGAAGAGGGCGUCUUUUCAUCCGGAUGCUGUGGACAUCUCAAAGAACUCUCCCUCGAAGGCAACAUUCUUACCGAUUUGGAAGACGCAACUUUUGUGGGUUUGAGGAACCUGCAAAAACUGGAUCUCCGUGGAAAUCCGCUUCAGCGACUGUCACCGCGUCUUUUCAGCCCCUUUGCGAGUAGUUUAACCCAUCUUUGGAUGAGUCAUGAUGAUUCAGCUACUUUUGGUGGAUUUGACACGCUUCCAAACGCUUUGUUCACAAAGAUGGCUAUGUUGGAAGAGCUUUCAAUGGUAGAACUGAAGAUCACCAAUCUUACGGCAGACUCGUUCACAGGGUUGACGAAUCUCAAAAAGCUAUCUCUUCGUGGUAACCGUCUAACAGUUCUUCCUAAAGGUUGUUUUACCUCCUUACCACAGUUGGAAGAGCUUGAUUUGUCCGCAAAUGGGAUGGUUUGUAUUCCAGACAACUCAGAAGACCACUAUGUUAAGUUGCGUUCCUUAGAUCUUUCUUUGAAUGGUCUGACUCAUCUUACUAGGCGAACUUUUUCCAUGCUUGCUUCAUCCCAUCCAACUCCAGGAUUCCCCAGACUUCUCGUCAAUAUUUCCUCAAAUCCAAUCCGGCGCAUUGAACCAGAUGCCUUUUGCAGUUUUAACGGACCGGUGAAGCUCAUCUUAGCGCCAGAAGGAGCCAAAGCUCCUUCCUGGGCUGUCAUGGACGGAUGGCCAGAUAAUCCAUUUGCUUUGGUCGGAAACGGCAGCGUUAUUCAGGGACUUGACCGUUCCGGUGUCGUCGAAGGUCGUCCAGAUGCUGCUGCUCUCUGCGGUCCUGAAGGUCACCUCUUCCGAGCUAAAAUCCUAACCUCAAGCCUUUAUAAGAACUCGAAGUACACCGACAAGGACAUAGAAAACUCUCUGAACUCCGAGUGUCCCUGGCUUCUCCCCGAUGAGUUGUCUCCUUGGCAGUUGUCAAAACUGGGAGUUCCGGGGCUUCCUAGAGUUCCAGGAGGAAGUGAUGGGUCCUAUGCUCUGGAAGAGGGUUCAAGGAUCUACCUCCUGAUAAUCGUUGCGGUUUGCAUAACCUUCCUUCUAGCAGCACUCACAGUCAUUAUGUGCUAUCGUGCGUGGUCCAGACGUGCCACGCAAAAAGUAGUAGGUGCCGCAGAGGCCAACGUUGGCAAUGUUGGAGGUUCUAGGAGCAUGGAACCCUUGACAACCAUAGGGGAGGUCUCAGAGAAGCAGGAUUUGCUGGAAAUAAUGCGAAAUGGCAAAGUAGCGACGACGCCGGAAGCAGAGGGUCAUGAAGCAAGUCCGGAGCGAUGCACCUCCAGAGGCGGUCGUCGAAAUUCUGAGCCGAAAGGCGAGGAAAUGGAAGCAAUGACAGCGUUUGGAGUGCUCUAG